AUGGCAAACUUGAAUUUCGUCUCCUACAGCGGAACUGUUCAACGAGAGAUACAGUCUGACACAGCUCGAACCGCUAGCUUCGAUGAGAUCCCACUCAUUUCCCUCAAGGCUCCCAAACAGGAGCUCCUGGAUCAGUUGAAGGAUGCCUGCACUCGUGUGGGGUUCUUUUACAUCAAAGAUCAUGGGGUACCCGCCGAUAAGAUUGAAGCCAUUUUCAGCAUGGCGGAGAAGUUCUUCGCCCAAGAGAAAGAGGUGAAGAACCAAAUCAACUACAAGAAAAGCAAGAUCCUUCGAGGCUAUGAGCCCCCAGCCGAGGUGCGAACAGACGAGAAUCGCAAGCCCGAUGUAAACGAAGCAUUCAACUGGGGUUACGAGAAAGAACUUGAUCCUCUUUGGAAUGAUACGGAGGCCACAACAGAAUGGGCAGACAACCCUAUGUCAGGGCCUAACGUAUGGCCGGAUAUGCCCGAAUUCAAGAAUGUUGUUUCCCAAUAUUAUGCUGAGGUUCUAUCUCUUGCACGAGGGAUGAUCCAGCUCUUCGCGCAGGUUCUCGGUCUGCCCCCAAACUACUUUGACGAGCUGGUCUCCACACCAGGGGCAAUGGGUCGACUGAUACAUUACCCUCCCCAAAGCCCCUCUGAUACAGAUGCGCUGGGUAUUGGUGCCCAUACUGACAUCGAGCUAUUCACCAUCCUUGCCCCGGGAACUGUGCCAGCACUGCAGAUUCUCAACACCAACGGAGAGUGGAUCCAAGCACCGCCGAUUCCCGGCACUUUUGUGGUAAAUAUUGGUGAUAUGCUGGCAAGAUGGACAAACGAUCGCUUCGUCAGUACAGUGCAUAGAGUCUGGAACAUUACUGGUAAAGAGAGGAUCUCAGUUCCUUUCUUCUUUGGUGCCAACUACGAUGUUACGAUUCGCACAAUCGAGAGUUGUCUUAAAGAUAACGAGGCAAGCAAAUAUGAACCAGUGCUGGCAGGAGACUACGUCUGGAAGAGACUCAGUGCAAGCCGAGUUGACCAGCAGGAGCUCCGAGCUGCUGCUUAG